ACUCAAAUCCUCAAUACAAGAACAAAACGAGAUGUUCAUAAUUUAUUCAACAAUUAACGAAGAGAUUUAGCUAUAUAGAAGACAAGGAUAUUCAACAAGAAUAGGCAUUGAAGAUACUUGGAGUAGAUUCAUCUGGUCAGAGUUCCUUUGCCCGAGUUGCUCAUAAUGUUUUACAGCCAAUCAUCAGAGAGCCAUUGGGAUUCUUAGGAGCUGUUUUGUAUUCCGGCAACCAGGAUAAGACAUCAACUCUUGAACUUUUAGCUCCCCUGGAUGACCCAAGGGGAUCCAAAGAUAGUCUUAAUACCUUUUAAAGAAAAAUAAUUCUAACUUGUCAGGGGAAGAGGUAAGGAGAAGGAGGAGAGAGUGGGAAAAGAGAAGAUAAGAUAUUGUUACUACCUCCUAUAAGAGGUACCUAUAAGAGGUAGUACUCAAGUUCUCUGCUGUGCAGUUAUGAGCCUUCUGUAUCUAGUAAUUCUGUAUAGAAAGUAAAAAUCUGUCCCAUACUUGAAGGGAAAAAAAAAAGUAUAGAAUCAGAUAAGUUUCCUGCCUAUGUUAAGUUUACGACUUUAGAAGUAGUCUGGCAUAAAGAACAUUGAACAACAUUGAGUCUUAGCUUUUACCUGUAUUGAAGCUAUGAUCAAGUCAUUUGAUCUUACUUUCCUUAUUACAAAAAUGGAGAUAAUCAAGAUUAUCCUGUCUAUUAUCUGAAUUGCUAUGAGGAAAUGUGCUAUUAGGUCUCAUUUGUUGGCUAGGCUCUGACAAAUGGAUGUGUGAUUACUUUAAUAUGGGUAUUUCCUUCAUAGCUGUAAUUGUAACUCUUUCUCCUCCCUCUCUACCCUUAACUCUGUUUUAUGAUGGGGAAAAAAUACUUGGGAUAAUUGAAACUUUUAUGUUUAUUUUAGCUAAGUAAAUGAAUUAGCAUAUGAAAUUAUAAUAGAUAUGACUUUUGGGUCACUUAACCCCUGGGUCCUCAGUCAGCAUAACUUCAUAAAUUUAAUAAAAUUGUAGUAUUGAAAAAUCAAAUCAUUUGAAGAGUUUAAAAAUACUUUUUUAUUAAAGUAAGAGUAAGGAAGAAAUGAGGGUAAAGGGAUGUAUGUAAAUUAAAGGAGGGGUUAUAACUGGAAAGCUUCACCUAUCUUUAAACACAAGUAUUUAUUGAGUCCAAUUCACUUUACAUAUACAACAAUAACCUGUAUACUAAGUACUAUGGGCCACAAACAGUAAAGAUUUACAUAAUACAUGUAGCCAUUAUAGAAUAUGGUCAUAAUUAAAUUCUAACUGUGUGAUUAAGCAUUUAGUGUUUGUUGACUAAAUACUUAGGAAAUCAAAGAAAAGACUUGGAGGAUCAACUUGGGCUCCAGUAAUCUUCAGGAAGAUUGAGAAACAAGUCUUUUUAGCAAACAACACUCACUUUAAAAGUCAGAAAACUGGUAUUCAGGGUUUACCAGACUUAUCUAAAAGCCACAUAUGUAUUUAUUGGUAUAGCGUGGCCUUGAACUUUGAUCCAUUACUUUAUAAUGGAUUUUCUCAAGGUUCAUUUAGAAAAAGUCAUCCAAACCUAGUCAUUGAAUCUAGGCAAUUACAAGCGUCUUAGAUUUCCAGGUUGAGGCAACCCAGAAGUCUAUGCAUAGAAUGCUUUAAAUUUCUUAGGUAAAAGGGAUAAUUUUAGAUACUAGAGUUUUUUUCAGAGUUAGUUUGGUUGUAUCUGGACAUUUUACACAUUAGAAAGCUAAGGCUCACUCAAGUUUGCAUGAUGUAGUAGCAAUAGAGAUCCCAAGGAAAACAAAACAAGAAAUCUCAGGUCACUUCAGGAAUGGCGCCAUUGGGAGUGAUGUGGCCCACCAUCACAGAACAUGUGAGAAAGAAUGGGAGUACUUCGUGUUUCAUUAAGGAAGAGGUCGGUGUUAACCCCCGUAACUACUUCUCAUCCAUCUCCCUAUAUCAUUCACCCUACUCUUUCCCCCAACUCCCCUUAACCAAUGUUCUCUAUAAAUUUAUCUGCUUGCUUCUUGCUCUCUGCUACCUUCCUCUCUUGGAAUUUAGUUAGCUUUAACUGACAUUAAAGUUAUAACAAAACGUUGCCUCUUAAUUUGGAGAUUAUCAAAGCCUCUUAAAUUUUUCUGGGGCACUUGUAUUCUCAAAGUAAAACAGCAAUGUUCUGGGCUCACUUCGGAGUUCUCGUUGCAUUCACGGAUUUUACUAAUUAGAAAGUUAAGGGUCACAGAAUUGUACUGCUACAUUACAAGGCCCGCCCUCAAGGAGCUAAAGGCCGCCAGGGCUUAGCCAAGUGCGGAGAUAAUGGGCCUUUAUCCCAACUAGGGGAAGGGCGGGAUUUAGUUUUCUUUUUUUAGCAGCUCGGUUCCCACUCACACUUGAUCUUUUCGAAGUUUCCGAUUAAAAUUUCCUGUUAAACGGUUCCUCCGUCCGCUUCCGACUAAAAACAAACGUUCCCAGUUCCACAGAGAUACUACCUCGCAACCAGGCGACUAACGAAUGACACCGCCGAACCUCGUGUCACGUGCCCUAGACCUUCCGGCGGCACAAAGUAGCGGCGCUUUGACCGCCUUCCGGACCCCUUUUCACGUGAUCAGCGUUUCCGUUUCUGAAGUUUCCUGGUGCUACUGGAAUCCGUGUCCGUCCGGGCGGGAGGGAGAGGCAUUGCUGUGUCUCUGGCUGUCACCUGAGAGUUCUGGCCUGAUAACCCCCUCUCCUUUCCUCUGCUGAACCUGGCGCUUCCUACAACCUGCUGCGAGAGCGAUGAGUGUCUCUGAGCAGCAGCAGCAGCUGCAGCUACCGCCGCAGGACUUGGUCCCGCCGGAGCCGCCGUCUCUCGGUCUGGGCUUGCGGCCGUCCGCAGUGAGUUCAGGUGAUGCUUCUCCAGAUGAAGGGCUAAUGGAAGACUUGACUGUUGAAAAUAAAGCUUUGGAGCAACUAGCACAAGGAUUACUUUCUCAUUAUUUACCAGACUUGGAGAGAUCAAAGCAAGCCCUACAGGAACUCACACAGAACCAAGUGGUAUUACUAGAUACAUUAGAGCAAGAGAUUUCAAAAUUCAAAGAAUGUCAUUCUAUUUUGGAUAUUAAUGCUUUGUUUACAGAAGCUAAAUACUAUCACAGCAAGUUAGUAAAUAUAAGAAAAGAAAUGCUGAUGCUUCAUGAAAAGACAUCAAAGUUAAAAAAAAGAGCACUUAAGCUCCAACAAAAGAGACAGAAAGAAGAGUUGGAGCGGGAACAGCAGCGAGAAAAAGAAUUUGAAAGAGAGAAACAAUUAACUGCUAAACCAGCUAAAAGGACAGAAAAAAAAACCUAAGAAGCACUCAUCCUGCUAAUGUAUAUAUGUUUAUUUUUAUAUGUAUAUAUGUAUGUGUGUACAUAUUUUUCCCCUUCCCCUAAUCCAUAUUCUUUGGAUUUAAGAGAGUUUGAUUUAAGAGAGUAGGAUCAGUUUGAUGUAGUGCCUUAUGCCAUUGUUCAGAAUUCUAAUGUGUUUUGCACUCAUUGAAUUGCCAUGUUUUCAUUCUAGUCAUUUAGGAUGCCAUGUUUUUUUAUUGGUUGUCAAAAUAGAAAACUGUUGUAAUGUUUAAUUUUUUUUCAUCUUAACUUUUCUCAUACUUUAAAAAAUUAACUGCAUUUUUGCCUCAAUACAUUUAAUGAUAAAAUGGCUUAAUAUCAUUCAUUGUACAUUUAAUAAAAGUAUUACUUUGUGUAGUAUUCUUAGGGUUGAAAGAGUAGUAAGAUUCUGUUACUGAACACAUACAAAAUUUUAAAUUUGUUUUUUUUUAUUGGAAUGCCUUGCUCUUUUUUUGAGCCAAAAAAUGGUGAUUUUUGAUUCUCAGCUCCAUGAUUAAAUUUUAAAAAAUCUAUUGCUUUUGUUAAGAAAGAACUCUACUUGAUAUUGCUAUGCCAGUUGCCUAAUAAUAGAUGUCAUUAACAGGAGGUGAUUUUGUAAAGCCUACGUGAGUAGGUAGGAAUUUUUUCAUGGGAAAUUUUAACACAGGAAAUAAAGGCAUGGUGGCAUCUUUGAGAUAGGAAAGUGAGUAAAAGGAAACAAAUUGUCUUUGUAGAACAGAGACCAUCUAGUUUUUUUCCUCCCACCAAUUUCAGGCCUCAUAUAUUCUUAAUGAUGUAAAAUAUUUUGUAUUUUAAAUUGGACUGUUUGAUCUGUAAGCUGGUAUUGUAGGGGUACUGUGGUACUCUGACCAUUAACUUCUUUACUUGAAUGUUUAUGAUAUUUAAUAAUAGUUUUCAAGCACUGAAAUGAUAAUUAAAUAGAUAGGGAUACUUGGGACCCAUUUCUUGACUCAUCAGUAUGGUCUCUUAACUUUGUCUUGUGAUUUUUUGUGCGUCAUUAGUGCUUACCUUAUUAUUCCAUUGCUUCAUUUUUAAAAUUAAAAUGAUGUGUUGCUUAUCCAUUUUAUAAUGAUGCUAAUGGAUUGAAGAAGGUAGGUAAAGAAAGUCUAACCCCAAAAUGAAUUCUUUUAAGAAAGAGACACACCAUUGUGAAACUUAAAUCUUUUUCAGAAAUUGUUUGAGUCUCGCAAGGAAAUACUAAGUAGGAAAAAUUAUAGUUUCACUUUUUAAGAUCCAGAGUGUGCGUAUCCCUUUUUUAAUAUUAAGGGGUAUUUGACAGUUGUCUCAUCUCUAUCAUAUAGGGAAUGAGCAGAAACCUAGAAGGAUAUGUGAUUAGAAUAUAUAUCUUUUCUAAUUCACAUGACAACUUGCAGAUAUUUUUUAUUAAACUAGAAUCUACCUCUGGUCACAUAUCAGGCUAAUACAGAAGGAGAGGAAAAUAUUUGAUUUUUGGAAGAAUGCAAAAAAAAAAAAACUAGGUCCAUUAAUAUCCUUUGAUUAUUUUUCUUCUCAGGUUAAUGACUAAUCAUCAUAGUACAUACCUAUCUGACUUUACACUUAUGAAUGUUAAGUUUCACAUGGCCAAAUGUUGAGAUCUCUAUACAGAAAUUACAUGGAUAAAUUAAAAAAACUUGCAGAAACAAUAUGAAAAAAAUUUCUGUGUAUAAUUUGGUAGAGUUGAGUGGUCUUAAGUUAUUGACCUAGUUUAAAAUUAUGAUAUAUCCUAUUGUUGUGUGAUCAGUUCUGUUAUCUGCCUAUUUAAAUUUUUUUUUCCAAGAAAGACUUUAAGACUGAACUCUUAACAGGUAGUAAAUAGAUUGAGAAUUCUAGGUUGCAUGAGUUAUUCAUUUAAUUUGCCAUAUUAAAAUAGUUGAUGAGUUUGCUAUGUAUGGCAAGGCACUUAUGGUUUAUUUUUUUGCAUUUUAAUAAUUUGUAUAACAAGUUGAAAAGCUGAUAUGUAAAUAACCAACCAUUUUUAGGUUGUAAGUCAAAAAGUACAGUUAUUUAGUAAUUGAAACAGCUUACAGAUUUAGCUUUUUCAAAAUAUUACAAAGCUCUUGAAGUGUAUAUAAGAAUAUAAGUGUGUAAGAAAUUGAAAGUUACUAACAAAUUCAUUUGUUACUAUAUUGAGCACAAAACCAAUAAAAAAAAAGCAAUGACUUGAUCCUUAGAAUCUUUUCAGUCUACUUUUUAAAAAAAUCAUUCCCUUUAUUUUAAAACUAUAUCAUGGAUGUACCAAGGAUUAUUUUGCUUUUACUUGUGAAAUUUUAAAAAUACUGAUUUUUCAACCAGGUCUCAUAUAGUUUUUACAGACAUUGAAUGUAAUUCAAGUUGUGCAGGUACUGAGAUUUUUUUUUGAUAGUUGUCAAAACUUAUUCUGAAUAUACUGUAUAUUCCUUCAUACAUUAGUCUGGUUUUUGAGCUUGUAAAACAAGGAAUAUUUUUUACAUGUUUAAUAAAAAAUGGCUUAUGAUGAAA